GCUCAAUUUACUCUUUGUCUCAACUUACCCCACUCUCCCCUAUACUUUGGUUGGAAGAAGGCUCGGUGAAAUGAGUGAAAAUAUUUCAACUUGGAGUUAUUUUUUUUACUGAUUUUAAAAUGAUAUUUGGUUCCUGAUAUUUCGUUUAUUUUAUUUUUUUUUAUUUGUUUAUUUAUUUAUUUGUUCCCUGAAAAAUGCAAGUGUUGGGUUUUCUUUUGAAAAGCAGGACUUCCGGUCCACGUUGAGCCCCUCCACAGAGGUGUGUGUAAAGGACUCUGCGGCUUGACCCCUCUGGUUGUAAAUAUUGGGGAAUCUUUGAACAUCUGAGGAGCACUCCUGGAAGCAGCAGACCAGAGAUGGACACGUCUCUCCUGAAAGACUUUCUGGUCACGUAUUUGAUGCCAGAAAAAUGUUAUGAGCGGAUUUUUGUCAACUUUCUCCUGGACGGUGAGGGCUACUGCUGCUGCUGCUGCUGUUGUUGAGAGAUUUCAGAGCUGGAAAGGAGCAGUGAAAUCUUUCCAGAUGUUUUUUUCAGGGAGGAGUCUGAGGAGCCUCUCCCUUCACGCUGACGGUUUAACAUUAUGAAGCUUUACCAAAUAAACCUUGUUUUUACACUAAGAUGUUUUAUUAAACCACGUUAAUGUCAACAAAAUGAUGUUUUAGGUUUACAGUGCACCCUAACUACGUUUUGCUGUCCUUUUCUUAUUGUUAUUAUAUUUCUUUCUUUUUUUUUAUUCCAGCACCUUGUUUUAAGUUUAUCCUGGGCAGAAUCGUCGGGAUCUGCAUCAUUUUGGACACUUUUUUCGGUAAGACCCCUCCGUGGCCGAAACAAACCUGAUUCAAUCAGCAGGGGGUGACUAAAACAAAGACAGAAGAGGUGAUCGGAUUACAGUUUUAAUGUUAUUUUCACAGCCGACAUUUAAAGCCCAAUCAUUAAUGAAUUCAUUUGUUUUUAAAAUAUAGUCAUUAAUGAUCAUUAUCUUAAAUCACAUCAAGUUACUUGAAAACUUGUGUUAGGGUUAUAUCACAGAUAAUUUUUUACACACUUGCAAUGAAGUUUUCUUUUAGCUGAUAUUGACACUUGUUACUUGCUCUGUUGGCUCAUUACUUAACAUAACACAACCUAACACAAUAUAACAUAACAUUACAUAACAUAACAUUACAUAACCUAGCAUAACAAAACAUAACAUAUCAUAGCAUAACAUAACAACAUAACCUAGCAUAACAUAACGUAACAAAACAUAACAUAGCAUAACAUAACAUAACACAACGUAGUAUAAAAUAACCUAGCACAACCUAGCAUAACCUAGCAUAACAUAACAUAACAUUACAUAACCUAGCAUAAUAUAACAUAAAAUAACAUAACAUAACCUAGCAUAACAAAACAUAACAUAACAUAACCUAGCACAACAUAACAUAACCUAGCACAACAUAACAUAACCUAGCACAAAAAAACACAACAUAACAUAACAUAACUUUUACUCAUAACUGUACAUUGCUGCAAUGUCUUGCUCCUAUUAUUAAUAUUUGUAUUUUCAAGAGCAAGUGUAAUGACUGAACUUCUAAGGAUAAAUAAAGUAAUCUAAUUCAUAAUGAACAAAUAAUAUGGCAUUUAGCAAUUCAAGUUGUCCAUAAUUACAGCUCUACGAAUAGUUUUGCUUAAUCUAUGCUGUAUCUAAGUAAGUAAUGUUAGCUCAUAAGCUCAAUGUUUUCGCUAGCUAGAAGGAUUUUUGCUCUCAGCAACAUUUAGUGUUAAAGACAAAACAUGAGCAGAGUGACGGCCUAAAUAAUGUUUCAGUUGUUGAUUAUUCAUACGUUAGAUUUGUUUUAAAUUUUACAUUAUUUUAACAGCUUUUUAUAACAAGUGAAAUUUGUUAAUUUAAUCUAAUUGUAACGUAACAGCUUUAAUGCUUAAAAAGAUUUUGAAGGAUUUUGUUGGGUUUCUUUAAAGUAUAAAAAGCUCCUUACUGCAUCUGUGAUUGUAAAGCAGGUUAAAGGGACUUAAGAGGAAUUCAUUUUUAGGUCCUUUAUUAUGCAAGAGAAUGUGAGGUAAAUGUACAUUUGUACAGCUAGAUGUCUACUUACCCACAGAUUGUUUAAUGAAUAUCUGACUAACUUUGUCAGUGUUCAGUAUGUUUGUAGUGAUGAAGAUUGACUCCCCUCCCAAGGUGAAAGAAUUAAUAACAAUCAUUCAUCAUCAACUGCGUCGUCUACAGACAGUCAGGUAUGUUUUGCCUCAACUGACAUCCCUGUUUUUCUUCUCACUGCAGCACAGCUGCCUCAGCUGUUAAAGAUACUGUGGAGAGGAAGUGCAGAUGGCCUGAGUCUGCCUGCCAGCCUUCUUCAGCUAUAUGCCUUUUCAUGUCCUGUUGUGUACGCCAUAGCCAACAACUUCCCAUUAUUGUGAGUAUUCUGACAUGACGGUUCACUGUGUUUGUGUUGUUUUACUGUAGUCAGUCCACUAUGUGACAUCAAGUUCUGGUCAUCACUGUUUCAAGAGAUUAUCCCAUAUACUUUCCCCUUCCUUGGAAUUCCCUUAUCUAAUUUUGAGUUUGACCAAUCUGAGACACCUUAUCAGUUUCAGUGUAGUAAAGACAUAAUCUCACAGGCAACUGAUUCCAACAUAAAACUUCUGUAUUCACUUCCUUCUUGUGGUUUUAAUUGUUUUAACUUGAAACCAGAAAAAAGGGCCUUGUAAUAUGUGACUGAGAAACUCAGAUGUUGACAUUUGCUAGUUUUUAUGUAUGAUACUCUCACUACAAGCACUGCACUGGUGUUUUUUUUAUCCUUGUGUGAUCGUUCCUGCAACAGGUCUUCUGUGCUGCUUUGUAAAAGGAGACGCACGUGUCAGCUGUGAUAAAUAUUAAUGUUAUGGAAGCUUCUGUAUUGAAGAGAGAGGGAAAAAAGAUUUGUCUUCACAGCUUCAACAUCUAACUAAGCAAAGAAAAGCAGAAUUAGACUGUUAUCGGUAUGUAUUGGAAAAAAUCUACAUGUUGCAAAUCUCUAAGCACUUUUCAAACUGAAAAUAGUAUGUGAGACUUCAUAAACUGGAAGUGUUUACUUUUUUCCAAUGUGUCAUUGUAGUGUCCAGGGAUAUGCUUUAGCAGAAGUUUUUGUCUCAAGCAUUUCCUGCAGCUUUUCUCUGACACUUCUUACCAGGAAGUGGUUUCUGUUGCUAUUUUGUGGCAGCACAUGACUGACUUUUGUCUGUUAAACCACUCUCCAAACUUUUCCGUCUGUGUGAACCUUGGGAUAGCUUAAAGCACAUGAUUCAACAGCUUUUACCUCAGAUGGCUUGUUUCUUUUUUUCUUUUUCUCAAGAGUGACUCACUGGUGGAUGUGAGUCAUCUAAAGCCACUAUGUUUAAACUAGUGACAGACAAACAGCGAUUAAAUUUAUGAAAGAUGUAUCCUGCAAACCUCUGUGGGUCCAUUAUGUAAAAGUGCUGCAGAGAAUUCUGAGUAUUUUCCUGUUGUACCGUCUCUAACAUGUGUUUUACUUGAACCUCUUCACAGUGCCUGGGCUGACAGGCUCAUCACAUUGACUCAAGCAGCCGUGAUGGUCUUCCUUAUCCUGCGUUAUCGUGGGGAGACUUUGAAAGGUUAGCACUCGCAUUCUCCAAAUGCACAUACGGAGUACUGUUUAGUCUUUCAGGAUAGCUCUGGAAUUACUCUGUGUUUUUCUUAUCAUAAACAAAUUCUUCAAAUAAAUCAGAGCAAAACCAGUCCUCCAUAAAUGUACUGACCUCGCCCUGUGGCUCCGCUUAAAGCUCAUUUAAUUCCCUGAGGACUUAAUCUUACAUAAACAUCAAACAAAUAUAGACAGUCUUUGUUUGAAAGGAUGCUCUUUGACAUUUCUUUUUUAACCACAACAGAGUAUUUUGAAACAGAUGGAGAUACAUUAAGGUGUUAAAUGGAUCAGCUACAGCAGCAGGGUAGUGUAUGAGGAGUUAAUAUUGUGUUAAAAGUAAAGCCCAUAGUUUCAUUACACUGUUAGAUGUUUGGUGCAAAACCGUACUGACUCUGUUUCACUCAGGUCUAAAGACAUUGAAAGCACUUUUAAGAAACUACAUUCUGUUGAAAAAAAAUUGCGCAGUGAUGAAGUUAUGUAAAACAUCUUGCAUCGCCUAGACUGAACAUUACAGAAGACUUGAACCAGCUAAAAUAGUGACAAGUGUUUUCCAACAUUCAUAUGUGUCGAACACUUGAAAAAAGAAACACGUGCCUCUUUAAAAGAGGCCUGGAAACAUGCUGUUUAAAGCUUGUGUGGGGCCUAAUAUUGUAAAGCCCUAUGAUGACUGUCAAGUAUAAUUUAUGAGUUAACCACAGAGUGAGUCACACACAUACACACACUCUCCUUUAUCUUGCAGCGCCACCCUGUGGGGAUGGAGUGUUCUGCUGGGAAAUCAAACUUUCAAACAUCUCUCUUAAAACAGAGUGAAAGAGGGUGGAUUAACUCUCAUGAGUUGAGAUUAAGUUGAGAUUAGUUGAAAAGCCAGUUUUAAGUUCUGUCCGGUUAAAGGGACAAGUAUGAACCAAGUGGAAAUCUGGUCUUACGAAACAGCAGUGCUAAAAACUGUGGUUCCUCAAAUAUCCUCUUGAGUACCAGAAGUCACUUAGACCCAAAAAGCCAAAAUAAACAUGUUUACAAACUUGUUUUGGUCUGAGCCUUUCAUUUCUCUACCAGCAUUUACCGUUGAGGGGAGUGAUUUUAAUUUUUGACUUGUGGAUUUUAAAGAUAUUAAGGUUAAAAGAUUUGUUUAUCUCAACUCUUUCUCUUUUCCUCUGGUAAGGUUGUCUCACAGUCAGAUUAAAUCAGCACUGAUAGGCUUUGAAACUCAUUUGUUUUGGUCUUUAUAUUUUGCUCUGCAUAAACUGAUCCAGUCUCUUUUGUGUUGUCAUGAUAGGGAUGCUGUUACUCUUGGCCCAUAGUGGUGCCGUAUUCCUCCUGGGCUCGUAUGCAGCUGUAGCAGUCGCCUCAGUGCUGCAGGCCUCCAGACUGGCGGCUCUAAUUGCAAGCAAGGUCAGACCUGCUCUCUGAUUAAGAACAACUCUGAACUGUGAUGUGAUCAUGAACUGCCUAAUCUGAUCAGAAACGACUGAAUUUGUUGCUCUCAGAGUUUCCAGGCUGGAACAAACUACCGUAAUGGACACACAGGCCAGCUGUCCUCUCUGUCGGUGGUAUUAUCAUACACAGGCUCUCUGGGCGUCUUCUAUGUGUCUCUACAGGUAUGUCAUCAGAAGUGUAAUUAUUGAUUUACAAAUGCAUACAUCUUACCGAUCCAGUCAGUCAGUGUUUUUUAUAACAUGGUCGUUCUGUAUUUUAUUUCUGAUGCAGUCUGGAAGCUCAUUUGAGACUCUGUCACACGCGCUGUCUGCCUGCCUCAGCUGUGUCCUUCUGGUCCAGGUCGUCUGUUACAGGAGCAGUACUGCGACCGGCAAAAGAAAGAGUGAAUAAUGGAGAUGGAGAAUGAUGCCAGAUGGACAUCAUGAAAGGACUGAAUGAGAAAUAACUACAAAUGCAUCAGGGAAUGUUGUAUUGACUUUAAAUCAAAGCAUGAGGACACUUUUCGUACAAUUACAUAUUUUUUUUUAUUAUUUACUGUAACAGUAUGUCAAAAGGGUGAGGGCUUAAGAAUAUUUUUUGUCUCCCUCUGGUGUUUCAUACGAGAACUACUUUUCUCUCAAUAACAGCUGGGUGUGUCUCCUGAAAGUCUGCUAGUGGCUGGGAUUUGUUCUGUUUAGUUGAUUCAAAUUUGAGUUAACAAAAGUUUCAGACUUUUCAUCCCAGUACAAACUGUCUGACCAUGUCAAUAAGUAGUAAACAAGCUCAAAGUCCUUUGAGGUUUACAUAAGAAUUUAUUUCAGAAGUCAUUUUAGUGAGAGUAACCUCUAAACCACAUAGAUGUGUUGAAAGAGGGAGGAGGUGCAGUCAUGGGGCCGUCAUGGGCACACACAUGAACUUCCAUCAGGUCGUACUUUCACUUUUGGAUCCUACACUGUUACAAAAGCAAAACCUGCUAAUGAUGCAUUCAUGUCACACAGGAUUUCACUUUAAAUUUGCUGACAUGAGAAAACGUUCGUGCCAACCCCCACAGAGAUAAUUCUAGUCAGACUCUUUAACGUUGUGGUUUAGCCUCGGGUUUUUCCGUUACGCAACAUAUAGAAAAAGUCCAGAACAGUCAUCGUAAAAACCUUUAUGUGUCUAUUAACUGAGCUACCAGGCUGCUAAGUGACAUGAGCAUACAAACAUUCACACCGUUAGAGUCACUGAGUAGCUCGCUGGAGCACAUCCAGGAGUGUUGGUAAAUAAUUUCUCAGAUUUUUCAUGCUGAGGUUUGAAGAAAGAGACAGAAGGGGAAGGAACUUGCUGAAAAAGUGCUUUCAUAGCUCAGGAAAGAGCAAACAUAUAGCUACGUAUAUUCCAAAGAAAACUGGCUCAAGUUGAUGUUUACUGAUUCUUUUUCCAGACAGUUUUGAAUGGAAAAACCUUCUUUACAUGCCUGCCACUGUGAACCUAAUGUUAAGUCUUACUGAGUGACACAGAAGUGACUGAAGGAGUUCAUGCGCACCAUUGGCACAUUAACUUGGUUUGUUUGAGCAGUGGCUCGAGAUUUUCCAUUCAGCUGAACUCAAACACUUGUAAUUACUCAACAGGCAAAAAAAGAAAAUUAAUGAGUUUUUCUAAUUUUGUUUUUCUAACUUUUUACAUGUUGAACUUAACUGUGAACUGGUUUUAAACAUACUGUGAAUCUUUUCUCCGAACAUGAAUUUGAUAAUAAAAUGUCAUUCGAGCAGCAGAAAGAACAUCAUGUUUGCAUGUUCUCACAGUCGACAACUUUAACUGUCAGUUUCUUAAAGCACAUCAUUAAGUGUUAGAAAUGACAGUUUUUUUUAAUUUGUGCACACCCCCUAGGCCAUGUCAGGACUCGCCUUACACAAACAUGCGGUGUGUACUCAUAGGAAAACCUACAGGCGUAGCAGAGAAGUUUACUGAUCUCUGCAGGUAGAACAAGGAUUGCUGUAAACUCUUUUAGUUUUUAAAAUAGAUUUUUGGGUUUGUAAUUUAAGAGAGGAGAAAUGGUUUUAUGGCAUAGGUUUUAAUUUUUAAACAAGAUCCAAGGGUACAAAACCUCAGCUGAUUGGUGUUCAGUGAAUUUUAGCUGACAUGCUCUGCUGAGGUGAUAAGGAGGGUUAGCACGCUCAUAUUAGCACCACUGUCCCUGGCUAUAGUGAGGCAGAGAGCAUCCCUGCUUGUAACUAUUAUGCAAUUCUUUAUCACAAGCUCAAACUUCAUGGUUUUAUUGUCUUGAAAUAACAGCUGAUUUUUCUGCAAUAACAUGUCGUUGUGUCUGAUGAGAGCAAACAAGUUCAUCUGAAACCAAAAAAUCAACUUUUUUUUAAAAUGAUGGAGUCACUGAACAUGCAAAAAAUUCUGAAUGUUAAUGACUUUGUUUUGUUGAACCACACUUGUUCUCAUUUUAAAAACUCCAACAGGACCAUUACAAGGGAUUGAUUUGAUCAACCAAUCAGUACUUGAAAGAAGAAUCUGAUGCUUUGAUUACUGCUCAUUUUUCAAAGGGACAUUGACAUGACAGUUCUCAUCUAGUUAGAUCUACAGUUGUCAAACACCGAUCUCAUCACCUCAGCAUGGCACACAUAAUGUCCAACAAACAGAAUAAGUGAAGCAGCCUUCUGUCUUAUGAUGAUAACAAGAUGAUUACUUCUUUAUCCUAAGAUAACAAAGCUUGUCUUCUAGAGGUAACAGAAAAAUAAACCUGUGAUCUUCAGAUAACAGUAUUAAAACGGAGUAAAGCAC